AUGUUCGUUGUGGCUAUACUGGCCAAACUAGUUUUUGGCAUGGAUAUCGUAUCCGGUGUGCUACUCGGCGAGGUGUUAGCGCUGCCGUUUUCGCCUGCUGUCGGUUAUUUCCUGUCUGUUUGGAAACGCCUAUCUAAAGCAGGUUAUGGCGUACAAGCUGGUGUACCGUCUCUUGUCAUUGCUGCUGCUAGCCUGGAUGAUGUGUAUGCAAUUACCAUUUUCAGUCUCGCACUGUCUUUGUUGUUUCCCUUCAGUUUCACUUCAGGUAGCAGUCCGUUGAUGACCAUUCUGUCCGCUCCAGCUGAGGUCUUUGCUGGUAUAUUCUUCGGUUCUGCUAUGGGCUUUCUCCUUCAUGUUCUUCCACGGAAAGAAGUGAAAAACUUGCACCUUAUUCGCCUAUCACUUUUGUUUUCAUUUUCCACUGCUAUUCUUUUCGCAACGAUUAGAUAUGGAGUAGAUGGUGCAGGUGCUAUAGCAGUAUUAGUGGCUGCAUUUGUUGCGGGUUAUUCGUGGAAAAAGGAGGCAUGUGGUUCUCUUCCUGAAGAAGACCAUCUUGCCAAUCUUUGGCAUCUUGCCUUUCAACCACUUCUGUUUGGUCUCAUUGGAUUCGAGCUUAGUUUUGAAAUGGUGAAAUCCAAUACUAUUAUCUGUGGCUGUUUUAUACUUGGAAUCGGAUUAUUGUUUCGUUUCAUCGCUUCGUUCCUGGCGGUUUUUGGAACUUCCUUCACCAUACGUGAACGUUUGUUUGUGGCAGUAGCCUGGAUGCCUAAAGCAACUGUACAG